AUGGCCAUCCAUGUAGAAGGGCUUGUGGCUAUCGCGGUCUUCUAUCUGCUGAUCCUGUUCGUCGGCAUCUGGGCGGCAUGGAAGAACAAGCACUCCGGGGAGGCGGAGGGCACCGACCGCAGCGAAACCAUCAUGGUCGGAGGGAGAGAUAUUGGAUUAUUUGUGGGUGGAUUCACCAUGACAGCAACCUGGGUUGGAGGAGGGUACAUCAAUGGCACUGCUGAGUAUGUGUAUCUUCCAGAUUAUGGCUUGGCUUGGGCUCAAGCCCCCUUUGGGUACGCACUCAGUCUUGUUCUGGGUGGCCUUUUUUUUGCUAAGCCCAUGCGUUCACGAGGUUACGUCACUAUGUUGGACCCAUUCCAGCAGCUGUACGGGAAGCGUAUGGGAGGCCUUCUGUUCAUACCUGCACUCAUGGGUGAGAUUUUCUGGUCUGCUGCCAUCUUAUCGGCCCUCGGUGCCACUCUGAGUGUCAUCGUGGACAUCAACAUUAAGAUGUCUGUGGUCAUCUCUGCGCUUAUUGCAAUCUUUUACACCCUGGUUGGAGGACUUUACUCCGUGGCCUACACAGAUGUUGUGCAGCUGUUUUGCAUCUUUGUCGGCCUGUGGAUCAGUGUCCCUUUUGCUUUGAUCAACCCUGCGGUGUCAGACAUCACUGUUACUGCCGUGAAGCAGUUGUACCAGUCACCCUGGAUAGGCAGCGUCCAGAAGAAUGACACUUGGGUCUGGAUCGACAACUUUUGCCUCCUGAUGCUGGGAGGAAUACCCUGGCAAGUGUAUUUCCAGAGAGUCCUGUCAGCCUCUUCUGCUACGUACGCCCAGGUCCUCUCCUUCCUGGCUGCUUUUGGGUGCCUCAUCAUGGCUGUGCCCUCCGUUCUCAUCGGGGCCAUUGGGGCCUCCACAGACUGGAACCAGACAUCUUACGGUUCCAUUCCUCCUAAAAACAAGGAUGAAGCAGACAUGAUUUUACCCAUCGUGCUCCAACACCUUUGCCCUCCAUUUGUCUCAUUUUUCGGUUUGGGAGCUGUUUCUGCAGCUGUCAUGUCAUCUGCAGAUUCCUCCAUCCUUUCAGCAAGCUCCAUGUUUGCAAGGAACAUCUACCAGCUUGCCUUCAGACAGUCAGCAUCUGACCGUGAAAUUGUGUGGGUGAUGCGGAUCACUAUCUUUGUGUUCGGCGGUCUUGCCACCAUAAUGGCACUGGUAACCGGCACAGUUUACGGCCUCUGGUAUCUGAGCUCCGAUCUGGUUUACGUCAUCAUCUUCCCCCAGCUGCUCAGUGUGCUCUUUGUCAAAGGAACCAACACUUAUGGCUCAGUGGCUGCGUACCUGUUCGGUAUGGUGUUGCGUAUAGGUGGAGGUGAACCCUACCUGCAGCUUCCUCCAUUCAUUUACUACCCUGGAUGGACGACUGAGGAGCGGAAGCACCAUAUAACUGGAGAAACUGAGGAAGUUGUGGUCCAAAAGUUCCCCUUCAAGACCGUAUCAAUGCUGGCCUCUUUUCUGGGUAAUGUUGUUUUCUCAUACCUGGCAAAGUAUCUGUUUGAGAGCGGCAAGAUUUCACACAAAUACGACUUUCUUGACGCGGUGGUGUCCAAGCACAGUGGAGAGAUUAUGGAUAAAACUACGCUUGUGACUCGUGGCAACACCAUUGGGCUGUCGGAAAUGGCGCCCAUGAAACCACGGCUGAGUGUGACCUUGGCGGCAGCCUUUACACGCCGUGACACAUUGCCAACAGAAACAGUAGAGGAGGAGGAGGAGGAGUCAAGCCCUGACUCCUCCCACCAUGAGGAGGAAUGAUGAAGUCAGGAUGCAAUUAGAUAGAAAACAAACAAACAAACAAAAAAAAACUCUAAAGACUGAGCAAUUGACCAAACUGGCAGAGAAUUAAAAGACAGCAAAGAAACAUCCUCCUAUGGGACAAAAUACAAGCUCCCACCCGCAUGGGUGGAAUACGUGCCAGGAUAUAUAGUGUAGCAGCUUGCUGAUUGUCCAGACAUGAAGCGGUCUUUCUGUGAAGUAAAGCAAACAUGCAUACAUACAUACAUACAUACAUACAUACACUCGGAGUACUUAUCAGUAGUUGUUUGUACUAUAUAUAUAUAUUCACCCUUUCUUGAACUGGUUUGGAGGACACCGUGAGUCAAGAUAAAAGAUGCUGCUGUUUACACAGAGCAAAAGGGGGUGAAACAUUCAAUCAGAAAUAUGACACAAAGUUCUUUCUAAAAAGUGACUGACAGCACAACCAUUCACAACCAUCUAUGUACAAAUUAGAUAAAAGCAAUAACAUGCACACAUACCUUAACCUGUACAGCAGUUAUUAUAAAGAUCUGUCUGUGUGAGUGUAACUAAAAUAGAUGCCAACAAAAAAGAAAUGAUGAAAAACUAUUUUCUGUGUUAUGUGCGACAGUGGCGCUGAAACUGGGUUUUGAUUUUAAAUCACUUCUCACAUAAUUCCACAAAAAGACUUACAGACAGAACGUCACGUCUCUCAUGUUCAUUAUUGAAGCUGUAAUCAUAAUUACUGUGAAUCAAGGAAGAUAGGAUUCAUGUGCCAUGCUGUGUAGAAAAUAUACAAGCAGUAGUGAUGGUAGCCGACUUGAAGCAUUAGCUAAUAUUCUCUUUAAUGUCAGGUGCAGACACUGUUUUAAGCGUAAGAAUCAGAUCAGUGUGAACUAGUGUUUAAAAUGACCUUGUAAUCAACUGCCUUAAUGAAGCUCAGUAAAACAGAUACUUUUGUUUCCACAGCUCUGAUUCUGGUCAGACUGCAGUGAACUAAGACUUGAAUAUGAAUGUAACCUCUACAAAAAAAAAAGAAAAAGAAAAGAAAUCAGACUAUAUCCGAUAGUGUACUUCUGGUUUUUGUUUAUGAUUUGCAAAGUGUUGCAGAAUAAUGUGGAGGCAAGUUCAGACUUACAGAUCUGUGAUUUGUUUGUUGUCAGCAGCAGUGUACAGUUUAUUUUCUCUGUGAUGUGUAUCUUUAUGUACAUAUAAAGAUGAAAAAUAACAAAUAAUGCAGGUUAAAAUUAUUCAUAUAU